UGGGUUGAAGAUGAAUUUUCAGAAAUUAAAAAUGUAAGGCAGCUUAAGAGUUAAGUGAUGUUACAUUUUCCAGUGGAAAACAAAAAAUGUACUGUUUAGAGCUCACUCCGAAUAAUCUGAAGACUAGUCGAGUGACUUGUUUAUGAAAUUACUUAAGAACGGUCGUUGCUUUACACCGUAAGUGCGGCGGUUAAUUAUGGGAUUAACCCAUAAUUAAUCAUUGGUCAAUACACAGGAAAUUUUCAAUGGUCCUUUUUAUCCAUAUAAAAGACAAGCUAAGUUCUUAGGCAUACAUUCUUAAAUACGCUGCAUACCGGGUCUUUCUAUUGUUUCACAUAUUUCAACAAAUCCACACAACAUGAAGUUCACAGCUCUAUUCGCUAUUGUGUUAGCGAUACUCGCACUUCUCGCUGGUGAGAGUCAAGCUGCACCCAAAGUACCAGUCAAGAAGAUCGGCAAAGCAAUCAAAACUGGUCUUGGUGUUCUGGGUGCAGCGGGCACGGCUCAUGAAGUUUACGAAAGUGUGAAAAAUAGAGGAUAAAACUUAUAAAAAUGUUAUCUAACUCAGUAUUAAAUUAACUCUGUUGUUUUUUGUUUAAUAAAAAUUUUAUAUGAUUAUAAUCAGUAUUUCAAUCAAUAUUUUUACUUUAUGUAUUAUGAAAACCUAAAUCAUUUGGUUCACGUCACAGCCAAAAAUGAAGAAAUCUGGUGUAAAUGGUUUUAGAUUCAUAUAAUACCCGACUGCUGAAAUGUAAAGAGUUAUUUAUUUCUCAAAUAAUUUAUUUAAAAUGGAUAGUAUUAAUCAUUAUCAUCUUAGAACAACUACACCCCGGAAGUUCUAACUUCUUCAUAAAUUGAAAAUCAAUACCGACAGUACAUAUAGUAUGUGUUAUUAUUGUAUGAAGUAUAUUUCAUGUAAACAACAUAACAAAAUAUUAUAUCAAUAAAUAUCAUCAUUAUGUGUAUGACUGUACAUAAUUGAUGUAAAAAAAUGAGUUCCUUUUUUAUUUUUUAAAGGGAGAUAAUGUGUUUAUUAUCUGUAUACUCGUAUACAUACUCAUCUUUCUCGAAUGAA